AUAUCCAGUAAUCUUAAUCUAAUUAUGAUGUCUAUAUUCUCUAGUUUGUGUAAAGUAUAAGUUGUUUAGUACAAAUUGUGGGGAAAAUGGAUGACUUUUGACUUCCUAAAAUGAAUGCAAAAUUAUGUUUUUUUUUUGGUAUUUUACGAACAACAGUCUUUAUGAUUAUGACUGCAUACACAAAGCAUGGCAAGACUAAUCAGAGAAGUUGAAUGAAUUAUAUGGGCCAAACAAUGCAGAAUUUCUGCAGCAGAGCAUCAGCAAACUUCACAUUUCACCUUGAAGACCAUGUUUCCACAAAAACUGACUAUUGUAGGCACCUUUGGAGAUAAUGGAGAGAAGCAGAUUUCAACUGAAAAAAAACUGGCAGAUGUUUUUGUGGUCAACAAUAAACUUUAGACUAUUCAAAACUUUUUUUCCCUUUUCUAAGUAGAUUCAAAGCUAUUUAAAGGGCAAAUGGUGGUAGAACACUUUAAUGUUCACAUUAUUUUGACCAACCCCUGUAUUUGCGUGUGUUCACCACAAACUGAAAAGAAGAAUGGGUGGGUUUAGAUGAUACAGGAAGAGAAGACACACACUUGAGAGGCAUAUUUACUGAUGAGCAGCAAGAGGGUUUUUGAAAGUUUAUCUGGGUUAUUGGAGAAAAUGGCAUUCACACUGGUCAUUUUCUUGGGUUUCUGGGCAGCUGUUGCCAACGCUAAUUUGGAAGACCUGGAACUAGAGGCAGAUAAACCGUUGAUGCGUGUGGCUCUCUCCCAAGAAGCCACCAUCCACUGCUGCUACAACUGGACAAAGAAGCACAAUACGUUAUGGAUCAUAAAUAUUCACACCAGCAAUAACACCAAAAUUACCAAAACAGUAAAUCUGACCGACAGUCGGAUGAAAAGCUCAAAUGAAAGCAAUUGCCAUUUGCUGUAUUUCAAGGAUGUCCGUCUCAAUGAUACCGGCUUGUACCAGUGUCAACUGACACGUGACUCUCUUACCAUCUUUACCCAUGGUACCUUUCUUCAAGUAUACAUACCAUUGCAGAAGACCUUGAACCUCAGCGAGAGUGUGAAGAACAGCAUCAUUACAGCAGAAGGAGUGUUGCUGCUGAUGUGUGUGUUGAUCCCUGGCACCAUGCUCCUCUGUAAGUCAAAGAGGCUGAAAGAACUGGAGAAGAAGAAAGGGAGGGAGGAGGAGAAUAUCUAUGAGGGUCUAAACCUGGAUGACUGCAACUCAGCGUACCAUCAAAUUCAACGCACCAAUCAGCAAGGACCCUAUCAGGAUGUGGCCAGCUGUGGAGAAGACAUUCAGUUGGAGAAACCAUAGCUGGAUCUGGAGAAACAGGGAAAGGAACCAGAAAGACAAUCAAGAGAAAAGUGAACUCUGUGUAUUACUUGUCGCAAUUUCAUGAGCCUGCUGUCAAAUGUCUUUGCAUCUCUUUAUUAGUUUGAAGAUAAGCUUGUUUGCAUUUUGCAGUAGUAAAUCAAAUAUAUCUGCUAAUGGUUUGAAUUAAUUGUAUUUAACAUUUAGCAUUUUGAUGAAUGUGACCUUUUAGGUGUGCCCAGAGAAACAGUCUAAAUAAACAAAUAAAUAAAU